AUGCUUGUGAAACACUUUUUAAAUGAAGAGUUUAAAUCGGUCAAUAUUGAUGAGUUUAGAAGUCAAGUAGCCUGUCAAAAUAGUAAAAUCAAGUUAAAUUGUAAUCCUAACUCACGAGUUGCAGUCUACAGUGCAAGCUAUGGGCGAACAGAAUACGAGAGCAUACAGUGUCCACAGCCACAAGGUGUGCCAGAGGAGAUACCAAGAACAGUUCUUAAAGAACAGUACGAAGGAUUUCUAGAAGCUGACGAAAAAGAUGACGAAAUUUCAAGUGUAGAUGAUAAUGUGUUGGAAAUAUACCAAGGCGCUAAUGAUUACUUUAGGGAAUUUGCUGCGUCUCCUCCCGAUCCAAACAUAGAAGGUGUCACGAAGGAAAAUAUUACGAAAGAGUUUCAUCAUGUCGAUUCAAGUAGUUCGCCACAAACCACGAACAAUUUUCUAUUGAGCGAUAAAGAAAGACUUUUUAUCUACAUUUUAAUGACCGUAGCAGCAGUCGUCGUUGUGCUCCUAAGUUUUUUAGUGGCCAAGAUAUACGUGCAACAUUAUCGAGCAAAAGUAGGAUCGAAAUCCGAAGCCGCCAAUACAACAGAUACUUCGUUGCCCAAUGCAUUUGUUGGUGAUAUAGACGAAGUAGACGCAGAUAUAGAGUUAAUAAUACCUGUACCCUCUCCGAUAGUUCCAUCUGGCGCAGUCUAUUCAGCGCCUAUUGGUAGUAUAGCUGAGGUUGUCCGGUAUCCUCACAUUGACGCUCACACUAUGGGAAAUAAUCCUAGAAGACUCACACUAUCGAUGGAAACAGACCUUACGACAACUUCAAACAGCACGUCACACGAUCAGUACUACUACGGAUGA